CCAGUGGACUGCUGUACGUCUCAGUUACCUGCAUUACCUUUAGUUACCACAGUUACAAGUUAUACCAUGCAGACCGCAUCUUUUGCCUAGUUUAUAUCUUAGAAACAACGAGUAGGUCUAUAUUGUUUUUCGUUGCUUUACAAAGUAAUUUAAAGCACAGUAAAUGAACAGUUCCUUAGGUUAUGAUUGGUUGCUCAGCCUUUCUUUCAUAUUCAGCCAGGCCAAUGUGUUUAUAACCCUGCUAGUCUCAUUCCCAACCAUAACAUGCUCUAUCACUACUCCACAGGUGCUGGUUGCCAGUUUGUGUGAUCCUGUUGAUUGGUCCCCAAGGUAUUAAUUUCAAGUAGUCACUUAGUAUUGUUGUUUGCCUUUGCAAACACAGCAUAUUGAAUUGAUAUCAUAGUGUCAGAUGGAUUCAUUGGAGGCUAAUUUGUAUGUCUCUGUUCUGAAGUCUCUUCGCAGGUCAAAGUUGAAGGCUUCAAGGGAGAUCAUGUUAUCUUGCCUUGCACAUAUAAGGCACUUAAAAAUGUCAAAAUUUUUUGGCAAUACGCAGAUGACGUGAAUGUCUACUAUAUUAUCAAUGGAAAAGCAGAAUUGUCCAAGCAACACCGUCAGUUCAUAAACAGAACCAGUAUGUUCUCUGAUGAGUGGGCAAACGGCAACUUCUCUCUCUUACUGACUGAUCUCAAUGGCACAGAUAGUGGGUGUUAUUCAUGUUCCAUACCAUCACCGAGCAUUCAACGCCAAGUGUACCUUUCUGUCGAAGGUUUGCAGUUAUGCUCUUUCUUGCCUCAUGUGUUGCAUUUCCUUCAUGUGUUGCAUUUCCUUCAUGUGUUGCAUUUCCUUACGUUAUUCACAAGUGUAACAUAACUGUUUUGAUACCUGCAUAGCCUGCAUUUAUAGACAAUUGACAAUUGACUAGACAAUUCAUAGAGAAUGCUCAUGAUUCAGCCUUUGCUUAUCUAUACAGUAUUGGAAUUUCCAUUAACAGUUUUAAGAAGUUGAUGAUACAGUAUGAUAACUCUAAGGAAAAUGUCCCUCUUUAUUUUACAGAGAAACCAACUCCUGAGCCUAAACCAACUCCAAGUAGCAGCAGCGUUAGCAUCAGAGUACAGAAAUUCAUCCCCUUCCUGUUUCUCCUCCUCAGUCAAACGCUCCACCUUCUUUGACCCACAGCAUAGAAAUUGGUCAUUGUGCCAUUUAAUGUGGCUGUGUUUUGCAACUUCUGUGUGUUCAAACGGCUGAAAGACUUCUCUCUAUAUGCAUGAAAUAUGAAACUGCAAAUAUAGGCUACCGCUUGCUAGAACUCUUUGUAGAGGUGGUGAGUAAAUGCAUAAUGUUUUUUAAAACCUGGGUCAUCUGUUAAAUCAAAAUAGGAAAUAGGAUUGAAAUACGAUUGUGUAGUGUGCCGCUCCUGUCAAUACAUUUUCAAUUACAAGGCUAUUAAAAUAUUUCAAUAUCACGUGAUAAGUAUUGUACUGCCAUUUAACAGUCAUUUUGGUGAGAACUUGAGAUUGAACAUAAUCAUGUGUUGUUUUUUUGUUGUAGUUUUCAGUCAACCUUUCAAUUAGCAAUUUAUUUUUACUAAGACACAACAGUUGGGCUACAGGUGAUAAUGCUUUUUGCUAGUAUGAUAUUUGAUUAUAUGGACCAUGCAUAGGCUAUAUGCAUGGUCCAAUAUGUUAAAAUAGUUGUGACAAAUAAUUUUACCAAUAUGUUAUUGGGCACAUUUCUGUAUGUGGAAAUUGUGUAGUCCCCAAACCAUCACACCACCACCACCAUGCUUGACCUUUGG